GGGAGCGCAGUGCUGAGUUAACUGGGUCGUGGAAACUAAUUCUCCACGGUAGAGCCUCACAGUGUGUGUGUGUGGAAGAAUGGCACGGUUAUCGUGUGUUGAAUACCUUUUAUAGUAUUUUGAUGGUGUCGCAUGUAUAAUACUAUGGUCGCCGUUUUCUCACCGUGCACUGUUGAGUUAAGCCUGUUACUGGCGCUUCUGUGCGCUACAUGCCGCUGCUCACCGGUGUCGAAGGAGUGGGAAGCAGGUCAAGCUGAUGUUCAGGGCUUCCUCGAGAGGUAUGGAUACUUGCACCAGAGGGAUCACAGCCACAAUGCUGCAGAGCUCAAAUCGGCCGUCAGGGAGUUCCAGUGGCUGUCGCACUUGCCAGUCACCGGCAGCCUGGACAGCGCCACCCUGGGGAAGAUGGCAGCGCCGCGUUGCGGGGUGAAGGACGGGGGCAGUCAUCGAGCCUGGGCCAAGAGGGUCAACACCAUCUUCACAGGAGGUGGGGGGCACCUGCGCAGGAAGAGAUACACACAGGCGGGUGACAAGUGGUACAAGCGUCAUCUGACCUACCGCAUCAAGAACUGGCCGCGGCACCUAUCCCAGAAGUCCGUGCGCUCGGCCGUUCAGACGGCCUUCCAGCUGUGGAGUAACGUGUCAGGCCUGGUGUUCCAGGAGGUGCUCCUGGACGCGCCCACCGACAUCCGCCUGGCAUUCUACGAGGGCGAGCACAACGACGGCUCCGGGAACGCCUUCGACGGGCCAGGAGGUGCCCUGGCCCACGCCUUCUUCCCGUGCCGCGGCGAGGCCCACUUCGACAUGGCGGAGCGCUGGACGCUGAACGGGCUGAAGGGGCACAACCUGUUCCUGGUGACGGCGCACGAGAUCGGGCACACGCUGGGGCUGGAGCACUCGCCCGUGCGCCACGCCCUCAUGUCGCCCUACUACAAGAAGCUCGGCCGCACCCUGCUGCUCAGCUGGGACGACAUCAACGCCGUGCAGCAGCUCUACGGGAAGCCCCCCAGUGGCCGACUAGUGCAACUGCCGGGCCAGGCUCUGAGCUGGGUCAUGCAGGACUGGGACAAGGCAGAGAGUACGGAUCAACCACACUACUGCAACGGGGUGUUUGAUGCCAUCACCAUGGACCAGAACCGCACAGUGCUCGUGUUUCGGGGUAAUUUCUUCUGGACGGUGACCCCUGAUGGUACGCCGAGUUCUCCCACCUCCCUCCAGCAGCGCUGGCCUCAACUCCCAUUGGCCAUCGAGGCAGCAGCCUUCUCCCCAUUGGACGGGAAGUUAUACUUCUUUAAAGGCAAGCGGAUGUGGCGCUACACAGACUCCUCGCUGGACGCCGGCUUCCCCAAGAAGAGCAGCGAGGCGCAGCUCCCGCACCACCCGGACUGCGCCUUCUUCUACGCGCCGCUCGGACACAUGGUCGUCUUUAAGGGCUCGCGCUACUUCGUGCUCAACCUGACCACGCUGCGCUCCGAGCCCUACUACCCCCGCGGCCUGGCCGACUGGAAGGGCGUGCCGCGGGGGGCCAACGGGGCCGUGACCCGGCCCGACGGGAAGCUGUUCCUCUUCAGGGAGCAGCGGUUCUGGCGCUUCGACCCGAAGAAAGUGCGGGUGACGGGCGCUGGACAGUGGGCCAAGGAGCUGCAGUGGACUGGAUGCCGGAGGCCUCUGAGUAACGAGAUCAACUAAGCGCGACGAGGACUCACGACCGUGCCAAAGCCCAGCGUUGUGGAGGCAGCGGUUGAUGGUUGGGACAGGGCCUGCUAUGUCCACAUCAUUGGAAGCAGUGGCAGAGGCCCUAGGCCACCUGAAGCCAAACUCUGCAGGACCUUAUAAGGGCUGUGGAUUCUAAUGGGCUUCAAAGAACCCUACCCUGAGAGUCUAAACGAUCUCCCCCAGUCAGGCCUUUCAGAACAGAUAACUCCUGAAAGACUCCUCUUAUAACAAAAAUAUUAUUUAUAAGGCUGGCUCGUUUUCCUUGACCAGUACUGUGCUUUUGUGGUCUGGACGGUGACUCUGGCCAGAAACGUGUGGUUUGUGGUGAAACGGACUGGACAUUCUCUGUGACCGUCUCAGGAGAGAACUGUGAUUCAGCAGACUCAGUGGCAGUGCCAGAGCGGUAUAGGCUACCAUACAAACCUCUUCACAGGAGAUGUGGACACUGAGCUUAUCACUUCACUAUAAACAUGUUAUAGAUUAUAAAUCUCUGAAAUGCAUAAAAAUACGAUGUCAAACACAUCUUUGUGCAAUAUACUUCCACUGUCUCUAUAGGAACCUUGCCCAUGUUGGUUAGGGCUGUGCUUUUGAGUUGGUCCCCACUAGCUUGUGAUAAAAUACAAACAGAUCACUGCAGAGGAUGGAAAACAAGUCAGCAGCCAGUGUAAUGCACACACACACACACACACACACACACACAGCCUGUGAUGACAAACACAUAUAGGGGAGCGGGCCUUCACUGUGGUCAUGGACACGGGUCAGAACAAUCUCCUCAGUUACUCCAGCGCCAUGGCAACAGGAUGAGGCACGGUGUGGAGGCACGCAGGGUUCCCACAUUCCCAGAAAUCCUGGAAAAGUUGUGGAAUUUUAAAAGUUCCUUGCCUUGAAGGAAGUUGCCUGGCCUGGAAUUCAGUAUAAUUCAUUGAAAGUUUUUGAAAAAAAUCAUUACCUUUGGUUUUGUUCCAUGUAGAGGUAGUGAAAUUAAUUAAAUUAAUGAAUGUUUUCAUUCACACAAUGAAUUUCUGAAGCAUGUUACAAUGUCCUCCUAAGCUGACAUAGUCAAGUCUAUUCGAAAAAUGAUGUGAAUGACUGCUGUUUAAAUUUUAAUUCAAUAAUAAGGCUCAAGCUGUGGAGAUAACUACACAAUUUUGUGUACUUGUCGGUUGGAAAAGGCCAUUGAAAUUCCUUUACUGUAAUUGAAAAGUCAUGGAACUGUUCUAAAAUGUCAUUGGAAAUGGGUGGGAACGACAGUCUAUGGUGGGAACCCUGCGGAGGGGGAUGACCACUCCCUACACACCCCUGCAUGUCUGAGGCUGUGACCACCGUGUGUUGUGUGUGUGUGUGUGUGACUGGUUAUGAAGAGGACACACAUUCUGACCUGCAGCUUGAGCUCUCAACUCUUAAUGCUGUUAAGUAUGUGCAUUGUGUCUAUACAAUACUAUUUUAAAUUGUACAGUAUAUAAGUGAAUGACAAUGUGCUCCUAAGAUGAUCAAGCAAAAGUGGAAAACUGACUUAUACAAUGACAUGAAUGUGAAUGUGGACUAAUUGAACAGAUUAUUUGCGUUAUCUCAUGUUCCAGAUUACGUCAUUGUAAUCUCCAGACAUACUGU